AUGGCUGAAGCAAACUACCUCCUCCAUGAGGGCCCUAUGGGCUACUCCGUCUUUAAAGUCGUCCACCAAGCUGACACUGUCGCAAAUCGCCUCCGAGAAGUCCAAGAGAGUGUCCAAGAUCUGAGCAAAUUUGGCAAGAUGGUCUCUCUUGUCAGUUUCCUGCCCUUCGAGAACGGAAAGCAAGCUCUAGAGGAGCUGCACGACAUUUCUGAGGGCAUUGCGUCCGACUUUUUGAAAUCCUUCCUUGAGUUGAACCUCCCCAAAGCUGGAAAGAAGAGCAAGGUCAUCCUUGGUGUUUCAGACAAAAUCCUCGCUAGCAGCAUCAAGACUUCGUUCCCCAAUAUCGAAUGCGAAACCGGUGAUACGAGCGAGGUGGUUCAAGACAUGCUGAGAGGCAUCCGACUUCACAAUGAGAAAUUGCUCAAGCAGCUCCGCGGUGGUGAUACUAAUACCGCACAACUUGGCCUGGGUCACGCAUAUUCGAGAGCCAAGGUUAAGUUCUCUGUGCAGAAAAACGACAAUCACAUCAUUCAGGCCAUUGCCAUUCUGGAUCAGUUGGACAAGGCUGUGAAUACUUUCUCCAUGCGCGUUCGUGAAUGGUAUUCAUGGCAUUUCCCCGAACUAGUCAAGAUCGUAUCCGAAAACCACAAAUAUGCUAAGGUUGCCCUAUUUGUCAAAGAUAAGAAAACGCUCUCCGAAGACAGCCUGCACGAGCUUGCAGCAGUUGUGGACGACGAUGAAGACAUUGCGAAAAGUAUCAUAGAUGCAGCUAAGACGAGUAUGGGGCAAGAAAUAUCUCAGUCAGAUAUGGAGAAUGUCACACUCUUUGCACAACGGGUUGUGAGUCUUGCAAAUUACCGGAAAACUCUUCACACCUACCUCGUCUCUAAGAUGGGCGUGGUCGCACCCAAUCUGGCAGCUCUGAUUGGAGAAAUUGUUGGAGCUCGCCUGAUCUCCCAUGCUGGUAGUCUCACCAACCUAUCCAAAUACCCUGCUUCGACUGUCCAAAUUCUGGGAGCAGAAAAGGCACUCUUCAGAGCGCUGAAAACUAAGGGCAAUACUCCCAAGUACGGUCUGUUGUACCAUUCAUCAUUUAUUGGACGUGCUGGGCAGAAGAACAAGGGAAGGAUAUCUCGUUUUCUCGCCAACAAAUGUUCGAUCGCAUCGAGAAUCGAUAAUUUCUCGGAAACCCCAUCAACAGUCUUCGGAUUAGCUUUGAAGAAGCAGGUGGAGGAGCGAUUAGAAUUCUACUCGUCUGGAACGCAACCUACGAAGAAUGAGGUGGCCAUGAAAGAUGCAAUGGACAAAGUCCUGGAAGACUUAGAUGUUGACGCAACGGUAGUUGAUGAAGAAAUGUUCGACGUCGAACCCACAGCGGUGCAGAAACAGGAGAAGCGGAAGAAGGAUAAGUCCGAGAAGAAAGAAAAGAAAGAGAAGAAGCGUAAAUCCAGUAGUGGUGACGGUGCCGAGGUAGAAGAGGUCAAGGAGAAAAAGAAGAAGCGUAAAUCGGUGGAUGCCAGUGAGCCCGAGGGCAAGAAGAAGAAGAAGGCCAGGUCUGAGGCAUAG